AAGCAAAUGAGCAAUUCUAUUACUACAAAUAAACUUGUUCUUCAAUGGAGAUGGAAGCUAAGAAUGAAGAGAUCCUUGCUGUAAGGGAUGUUACAAAAUGCCUCUUCCAAUUCACACAAUUCACUGUCCUAAGAUGUGUAAUCGAGCUCGGGAUUCCCGACAUAGUCGAGAACCAUCCCGGGAAGGGCAGCGUGUCAUUGGCCGAGCUGUCGAAAGCAUCGGGUGCCUUGCAACCGUUCUUAUACCGCAUCAUGAGAUUUUUGACUCAACGCGGCGUUUUCAAAGAGGUCAAAAUGAACGGUCAAGAUUCAUCGAUCGGUUACGCCCACACGCCCUUUUCUCGCCAACUCACCAAAGAUCGUAUGGCUCCACUAUUCCUACUCAUGAGUAGUCCCGAGAUGGUUUCCUCGAACUUGAGCUUGUCCAAGGUCAUCUCAUCGGAUACGCCAAAUUUAAAUGGUUUCGAAACGGCACAUGGCGUAGAUCUUUGGAAGUAUAAUGCAGAGAAUCCGAAGUUUAGUGAGUUGUUCUCCAAGGCUAUGGCGAGCGUAGUUAGCUCGUAUGUAUCGAUGGUGGUUGAAAAUUAUCCGGACAUGUUUGAGGGGAUCGGUUGUGUGGUGGACGUAGGAGGUGGUAAUGGAACGGCGCUUCGUACGUUGGUGAAGGCGUGCCCGUGGAUUGUCCGAGCCAUCAACUUUGAUCUUCCCCACGUCGUGGCCCUAUCCGACGGGGGUGAUGAUGGCCGCAUCGAGAACAUCGGGGGCGACAUGUUUGUCGAAAUUCCUCGCGGUGACGCGAUUUUGCUUAUGUCGGUACUCCAUGAUUGGGACGACGAGGCAUGUGUGAAGAUCUUGAAGAAUUGCAGAGAUGCCAUAUCGAAGGAGACGGGAAAACUGAUUAUUAUGGACUACGUGAUCAGCGACAACCUUAAAAAUAAUGAUGACAUAUAUGAAGAGUUUCGUUUGGGAAUGGACAUCGAAAUGUUGUCCGUAACCAUCAACGGGAAAGAGAGGAAUACAAAGGAAUGGGACGAUAUUCUAAAAGCUGCUGGCUUCACAAAAUACACUAUCAAAUAUAUUCCAGCACUGAUCUCUGCCAUCGAGGCCUAUCCUUAAUUAAUUAAUUUGUAUUAUUCGAACUUUUUAUUUGUCAAAAUAAAUUGGUUUGGUAACUUGAAUGAUUUAAAUUUAAAGAAGACCUUGGAUUAUUUAGUCGAACGAAUUAGAUUUUAUGUU